CUUAGAAAACCCCACUCAAAUACACUAGCUUCUGGAAGGAGGAACUACUUCCUUCUUUAGUAGAGCUUCUUUUAUUUUUUUAAGAUCUUUCUUUAAAUCUUCAGGGACAGAGUUGAGGCUGAGAAAUCUCCCUACAUUUGUCACUGAAAAGGGAGAUGAGAAUUAGGCGCAUGUCUGGAAAUCAAUCUCUGCCCUGCAAGAGUGUUUCCAGGAUGGGCAACAACCCAGAGCCAACGACCAAAGGGAUUUCCUUAUAAGUGUGUUAUACCUCCCUCUGCUCCAGGUGACUGAAGAGGCUGAAUCACUAGGACACAAACAGAAAGCCUCCAAGGGGGAGGGGCAAAAAGGCAAAGGAUUUAUAUUUCCUCAUGAUGGAUGCAACUCCAGCCUCACUGGUCAAGCUGUAAACUUCACCUGGAAAAAAAGCAAAAAGCCCAGUAAAAAUGAGCCUCGACUUCUUGAGUAACUAGUGGAAAGGAUCCUGGAUUUGGAGUCAGAAGGCUGACAUUUGAAACCCGGCUCUCUACCUUAACCCUCUGUGCUACUUUGGACAACUCUGAGUUUACAAUGAACUCUCUCAGUACAGCUAAUGUUGAAUUCUGCUUGGACGUUUUUAAAGAACUGAGUAGCAACCACGUUGGGGAGAAUGUCUUCUUUUCCCCUGUGAGUUUGCUCUAUGCCCUGAGUAUGCUUUUUCUGGGUGCCCGAGGCAACAGUGCAGCACAGAUGGGAAAGGUGCUACACUUUAGUUAUGUGGAAGGAUCAUCACAUCCAGGACUUGAGAACUCUUCUAAGUGUGGUCUAACUGGAGGGAUACAUUUAGAGCUGCCAGCACUAUUCUCUCAGAUCAGCCGGUCGGACAGUAAUUCCACACUUGGCAUCGCCAACAAGCUCUAUGGAACCAGGAAUAUCAAAUUCCACCCACAAUAUUUAACUUGUUCUGAAGAGCUCUACCAAUCUAAGCUGCAGACUGUAGAUUUUGAGCAUGCUCCAGAAGAAACCAGAAAAACGAUUAAUGCUUGGGUUGAAAGUAAAACAAAUGGAAAAGUCAAGAACCUGUUUAGUAAAGGAACAAUUGACACUUCUUCCAUCAUGGUCCUGGUGAAUGCUAUCUACUUUAAAGGACAGUGGCAGAGUAAAUUUCAGGAAGAGCAGACGAUUCAAAUGCCCUUUAAGCUAAGAGAGGGUCGGAGUGUACCUGUGCAGAUGAUGCAUCAGAUAGGAACAUUUAAAGUGGCUCUCAUAAAGGAACCUCAGAUGCAAGUCCUUGAACUCCCAUAUGCUAGUGGAAACCUAAGCAUGAUUGUACUUCUUCCAAAAGACACAGAUCAAAUAGAACAGAUUGAGAAACAGCUGAACUUGAAGACAUUCAAACAGUGGACCAAUUCUUUGAUGACAGAGAGGGAAGUUGAUGUUCACUUUCCUCGAUUCAAACUUGGAAUGAAAUAUGAGUUAAAUUCUCUGUUAAAAGCCCUAGGGAUAACAGAUAUUUUUGAUCAUUUAAAAGCUGAUCUUUCUGGACUCUCUCCAAGUAGAGAGUUAUAUUUAUCAAAAGUCAUCCAUGAAUCCUUUGUAGAUGUUAAUGAAGAGGGCACAGAGGCAUCUGCUGCAACUGGUGAUAUUGUUGUGGUAAAGAGGCUUCCUAUUCGGGACCGGUUCAUAGCUGAUCACCCGUUCCUUUUCUUCAUAAAGCACAUUAAUACCAACACAAUUCUUUUCUGUGGCAGGUUCUCCUCUCCAUAAACAAGGGGGUAGUGGUGGUGUCAGGGUUAGAUGCAUCUGAAAAGGCACAAGAGUAAUUAAUAUGCUUCUACCACAUUGGGAGAGUAUCACAAGAUUACAAAGGAACAUUGGUGUAUAAAUUUUUUCAUUCUUCCUUUAUCUCAUUCCUUCCUUGACAAGCUCCAAUGAUGACAUGUCAAAGUGAUAAAGACAAUUAAAGAAUUAGUUUUUCCCAGCUGGACUUCUUCAUGAUCUGGAGAACAAAUCAAAAUAAGCAUAAACCACAUUUCCCACAGAGAACCAUGAAAACUCAACUCUGCUCCAGACAAAAAAAUUCAUUAAGUACCUACAAUAUUCCAGAUAUUGUGCUUGGUGCUGGGGCUAGAAUGGUGGAAUAGCUUACAACAAUGCAAGCCAACAGGGAGUUUGAAUUUUAGAAGUCUCCUUUUGAACUUAACAUUCAUGUAUAAAGAAUUAUUGUUAUUUUGUUGAAAAACAUCAUGCUGGUUAUUAAUCAACAAAAAAGAAUUAUUUCAACUCCUUUGAUAAUUUUUUAGAUCCUGGAUGAAUUAAAUAUAAAAGGCAACUUUGAAAACUUUAAUUUGUAUGUUUUCUUGUGAUAAUUGAAAACAUAGCAUUGGUUGAAGGAAACUCAUUGCUUAGGAGAGAAGUUGAGUGGUUUGUUUAUUUGUAUUUCUCCUACCUGGAAAGAGUAAAUAAAGAGCAAGUUAUGUAUUCUCAGUA